AGGUGACUCCCGUUUCUCACUCGAGAGUCAACUUGGCUUCAAUCGCAGUGUGCCAGUGACCAACGUUUGGAGCUAACGCACUGCAACGGGACGUAUCUCCGUCUCAAAGCCGGUUAGUGUACCCAGUCAGAACCCGAGUGUACAUAUCAAGCUUAGGGGAUUGUUGGUAUUAACAUUUACCAUGAAGAAAUUAAAAAGGCCUACAUCCUGACGUCCACUGUGGGGUCAGUGACGGACAGACGCUGUGUCGGUGACUGACAUGGAUGCAAGUGACAUUAAGGAUGUAAAACUUUCAGCUGAAGUGGAUCCGUUCAUCCCACAGACGAAAGGUCUUGAGGGAUCCCUGGUCAGCAUGAGUCUAUCUGGAGAGCCGGGAGGGGGCAACGCAGGAGUGGAAACUACUCCCAUUCCGAGUUACCUCAUCACCUGCUACCCUUUUGUUCAAGAGAACCAACCCAACAGGCAGCAUCCAGUGUACAAUGGCGGGGAUCUGCGCUGGCAUCAGCCCAACCCUGGCCCCGGUGGUCCUUACUUGGCCUACCCAAUCAUGUCUUCCCCUCAGCCCCCUGUUUCCAAUGACUAUACCUACUACCAGAUAAUGCCUGCCCCAUGCCCACCUAUGAUGGGCUUUUACCAGCCAUUCCCUGGCACCUACGCAGGACCAGUGCAGCCUGGAGUUGUUAACCCCGUCUCGACAGAUGUUGGCGAAAGGCCUCUGCCUGUUGGGCCGGCAUAUGGGAUAGCGAAUCACAGAGGAAGAGGCAUGGUUCGAUCUAAUAUGCCAAAGCAACAUUUAGGUGUUUGCCAGCCACAGAGGGGUCGCCGUCCCCCAAGCAGGACUUUGGCUGUGCAGAAGGAAGUCUGCAACAAUGGUUAUGAUGGUUGGACCAAGAAAGUACUACUGGUGGAUGCUGCCCAGCAGACAGAUUUCCCAGGUGAGGUAUCUGGGCGGUGUUUUGGGGAGCCGGCCAGUCCGCUGCUUUGGAAGAACCGAACAAAGAGGCAACAGGCAUCCAAUGCAGCUGAAAGCUACAGCGAUCAGGGAACCAGUGAAGCUGACAUUGACAGCGACAGUGGAUACUGUAGCCCCAAACAUAAACAGGCAGCAGGACUAACACAUCGAACAGUAGAGACGUCAACAUCAUGCACCGGGGUUGAGACUGGAGUAAUGACAACAGGUACAUGGGUAAAUUUCCACAGAGCAGACCAGAGGAAGAAUCCUGAACAGAGUAACUUCUCACAGGAUUUUCACAGUGCCUGUCCAGGGCGUGGUUGUCCAAACCAGUCGGAACAGAGAUUGCAGCCAGUACUGGUCACACGUGACGAGAUCACAACGGAGCCCCUUUACUUUGAAGAUGAAGAUGAGAGAGAUGAGUUCCCAGACUUACCCACUGGAAAUGGUGUCCAGCGCUGCGCCAAAGCAGACGCGCCAUCUCAGACUCAAACGCAGCCAAAACUGUGUCGAAAUCUGCUAGAAAAUGUAGCAGACAACUCCCCGAUCAGCAUUGUGCAGACACCGAUCCCCAUUACCACAUCAGUUCCCAAGAGGGCCAAAAGCCAGAGGAAGAAGGCCCUGGCUGCUGCCGUGGCCACUGCUCAGGAAUACUCCGAGAUUAGUAUGGAACAGCAGAAAUUACAGGAGGCACUCACCAAGGCAGCAGGCAAGAAGAGUAAAACUCCCGUCACGCUGGACUUAGGAGACAUGCUGGCAGAUUUGGCUAAACAGCAGCUGGCACUGAAGGCCAAACAAAUCACCAAUACCAAGCCACUAUCUUUUGCAGUUGGAACAACUAUGCCAUUCCACAGCACUGGCAGCUUGACAGCUAUGUUGAAGGGUCAUCCUCAACCUUACUUGGGCUCCCCUAACACUUUGGAUUCCACUGCUCCACGUAUAAAACGAGGGAAGGAGCGGGAGAUACCCAAAGUCAAGCGACCAACGGCUCUCAAGAAGAUUAUUCUCAAGGAGAGAGAAGGCAAAAAGGGUAAAACAAGCUCGGCACCAGAGUUGCCUAGCCAAGAAGAGCAGAGGGAUGAUUGUUUACAUUUUACUGAAGAUCUUUCACAAGAGCCUGCCUCUCAAGAAGAAAAUGGCCUGUGUGUGCCCAGUGACACAUCCCUCUCCCCAGCCAGUCAGAACUCUCCAUACAGCAUCACCCCCGUUUCACAGGGUUCUCCUUCGAGCUCCGGCAUUGGGAGUCCAAUGGCCUCAAACGCACUCACAAUAAUCCACAGUCGACGUUUCAGAGAGUACUGUAGCCAAGUCCUAAACAAGGAGAUUGACGAGAGUGCGACGCUGUUGCUGCAGGAGCUGGUCCGUUUCCAAGACCGUUUCUACCACAAGGACCCCAACAAGGCCAAAUCCAAACGCCGCCUCGUCAUGGGCCUCCGGGAGGUUACCAAGCACAUGAAGUUGCGAAAGAUCAAAUGCGUCAUCAUCUCUCCUAACUGUGAAAAGAUCCAAGCCAAAGGUGGUUUGGAUGAAGCUCUGUACAAUGUAAUUGCCAUGGCCAGAGAGCAGGGGAUCCCGUUUGUGUUUGCAUUGGGCAGAAAAGCUCUCGGACGCUGCGUCAACAAACUUGUGGCCGUCAGUCUGGUUGGCAUCUUUAACUAUUCUGGAGCUGAGAGUCUAUUUGACCACCUGGUGUCACUAACAGAACAGGCCAGGCAGGCCUACAAGGACAUGGUCUCAUCUCUGGAACAAGAGCAGGCAGAGGAGGCUUUGAAACACGUCAAGAAAGUUUCGCACAUGGGACAUUCACGCAACCACUCUGCAGCUUCCGCUACGUCUUUUUGCUCCGUCAUCUCUGAGCCCAUCUCGGAGGUCAAUGAGAAGGAGUAUGAAACCAACUGGAGAAGUAUGGUUGAAACUUCAGAUGCUCCGGAGCCAGUGGAGGCCGAAAAAAGUGUCCCUUCCCCUUCUAUUGCUCCCCCCAGAGACAAUGAGACCCCAGCAGUCCCGACAACCGCUGCCCCGCAGAGGGCGCCGCUCCCGACACAGGCUCACGCCGAGCGAGAUGAGGUCCGCGCCGACGACCGCCUGGAGCUGGCCUCCCAGCAGAGCACCGAGACAGGCUCGCUGGAUGGCAGCUGCAGGGGGCCGCUCAACUCUUCCAUCACCUCCACCACCUCCACCUUGGUCCCUGGCAUGUUGGAGGAGGCAGAGGAAGAAGAUGAGGAAGAAGAGGAUGACACGCCAGAACCCAUUUCCGUAGAGGUACCCACUCUCAACAGCCGCAUUGAGUCGUGGGUGUCAAAGACCUUGGAGAACAUGCAGCUGGGAAAGAGCCAGGACAGUACAGACGAGGAGGAGGAAGAGGAGGAAGAGGAAGAAGAAGAUGAUGAGGAAGAAGAAGAGGAGGAGGAUGAGGAUGAUGAGGAGGAGGAGAGAGCGCAGAGCGAUGAUGAGGAAGGCCUUGUUUCAGACGCCAUCGCAGAUACCAACGUAGAGAGCAGAGAGCAGGUGGUGGCCAAGGAGGUCACGGCCUGACCUUUCCUCCUCCUCCUCGUCUUCCUCUUCUCUCCUGUCUCAUCCCAUAAAACCAGCAGCUGUUCUCCUUGCAUCUCCAUGACUCUACACCAAACGUAAUCUUACACCUAUGGCCUGAUUUACUCAAGAUUUGCGUGUGCAAACGCAGGCAAAUAGAACCUGAUGUCUUUUCCCACAUGCUUGAAUGCCAGCAACAAAAUUUGAUGCAGCAUAUUGGCUAUUCAGCAACGUAAUGAUUCUCAAACGUUUUACACAAAGCAUCCUGAGCAACAUAAUAUACACGUAGUGUGAGAUCCAAAGUUUUUAUUCAAACAGAAGAAGCCGUGAUUUUAUUCCUGAAAAGUAUCAUUGUUGUCAGGCGAAAUCCUUGCAUUCCCAAAUCAUUAGUUUUCCACAAAACAAAUAACUGCAAUCUUACUUGAACACCACAUUGUUCAACUUGGUAUUUUACCUUUGCGGUCAUUUACACGUACCUUUGCGGUCAUUUACACGUGUGCACCAGCAUCAAUGCAUUUUCAUGCAGUCAAUAACCUUUUCAAAACCUGAAUACUAGCAAUGGUCUCUUGUUGUCAUUUUACAUACACAGAAUAACUCAACUCAAGUUGCAGGGACAGCUGCUCUGAGAAAAUGGCUGUCUCUUUAGUCUGCAAGGGCGGAAUGCGGAUGUCUCCUCUUUGGUGAGGAAUUAGCAUUUUAACAUGGAUAAAACCUCCAAAAAAUUGAUUUAGCAUGAUAUGCCUCUUGUUAUUGUCUUUAAAAAGGAAUGCAAACUUUCAGUCCUGAGGCAACAAUGCCGCAUGCCUCAUACAGAAGCGGUGGACUUAAACAAUACUGCGUUUAAGAAUGUUAUUUUUUGGGAAAGAAAAAAAAAAUAAUGCACGGGGACAGACCAAUAAUAUGAAUUGUGGGAAAAUAUGUAAUUGAACACAAACGAGGGUUCCGCCUGACCGCAACGAUAGAUUGGUGUAAGCCGUUGUAACAUUAUGCCAUCUGUGACUACUUAAAUAGGAAAUAAAACAUUGUACCUGUGUUUGAAAGUAAAGCGUUCCAAAAGAGUCAAAUGAAAAUGUGUUUAAAAGUUAAAUACAACUGACUCCCACUAAACAAAUGUACUCAUUUAAAAAAGGUUGAAGCAAUUGUAACUGAGUUAUUAUUUCAACAUUUAAUUCAGUGUUUGUUUACCCACGUACCACUAAGGUGGCGUCACGCCAUAUCACCUAUGACAAAGCUCAGUUCAUCUUUGCUAAAAUGACUCCAAUGCAAAAAAAUACAAUGUGACAAUUUGUUCUUGGCUCUCCUAAAGAAAUUUUGUGGUGCGUUGUUUUGCGUUUUAAGCACCAUGUUCGACAGGAUGGCAGAUACAUACCAUUCACUAAUACAUUUGUUUGCCUCUUCUACUUACACUUCUAAUUCCACCACUUCAUUUUGCACUUGUUGUGGUGCUUUCCCAAAUUUUGGUGAGAACCUUUCUUGUCUACAGGGGGCUUGAUCAGCCCCUUUUGUUCACAGCGCACUUGACCUGUUAGUGCAGGGGGUGUCCAAACUCUGUUCUCGAGGACCAGGAUAGAUAUCAAGCUUUUUCGGAGCUUGCUCAUGUGCUGUGUUACUAGUGAGUCAACACGCCAUUUGGCAUCUUAGUAAAUCAGGCCCUUAAUCUCAGGCAUCUGUCAGUGCAGACCAUUCGCACGCAACGGAGAGGCUCGAGGACCAAGCAGCAGCAGGUUCAUCUAAAAAAAAAAAAAAAAUUCAACCCCUAACCUGUAAAACUUGAAUUUGGAAUAAACCUUUGUUUCCAUGUGUCCUCAUCCCAAGUUGACAGUCUCCAUUUUUGGGGGCAAGUGUUCCGAAAAGCUUCAGAGAGCAUGUGACUACUCUGCUCCCAAAUUCAUGGAGCGCAUUUACAGCUCUAUGUGGGUGUGUUUGUUUACAUGCACAUAGCUUACAUUUACUUUGCUGUGUUUGAGCUUUACCUUUUUUGUACAUACUGUGUUCAUGCUAGCACUUCCCCCUAAAGGAAGGAAGGAAAGAAAGGAGACACUGUCUGGAUUGCUUAGCCGCUGUGUAGUUCCCCCCCACAGCAUUCUCGCGUCUGUGGCAGGAAGUGUUUUAUUAUCGUUGAAUAAGUGUUUUCCCCCAUUUUCCAUUCAGAUGAUUUAACUUCUAAGAAGCAGAACAGUAGCGUCUGUACAGUACUUGGUUGUCAGAUUGAAUUUGCUGUGUUGCUGUCAUGUCGGUAGAAACAGUCACGAUCAUGCUUUGGGCCUUUUUACUGAAGCCUUGUCGGGGCUGGGUAAUGAUAUUGGCCGCAGUUGUCCCAUUUGUAAUCCAUUGCAAAGUUUUUGUUUUGUUCAAAAAGCAGUUAACACCGGUGUUUAAAUUGUUCGAUUACGACUAUCACCCAGAAGACCCGUGUUUACGACAGCACGGCUGUCGUUCAAACUACUAAUGCCUUUUAACGACAAGUAUUCGAUUGUAUAUAUAUAUAUAUAUAUAUAUAAGAAAAACACCCAACCACUUUGUAAAGCCAUUUUAAAAUGUUAGAAGUAGAAUUGAAUUAAGUCAGUCACGUGCUUAAGUGUCACACUUUUGGAUCCGGAAAGUAUUUGUAGCUUAAUAAAAGGUACUUUGUCCUCGUGGACCUUUUUGUUGCCACAUCCAUCAAAGUGUUUAUCGACAACAAGCGUGUAUUUUUUGCACUAUGUACAUACAGUACUAAGAAAAAGGUCUUGUGAUUUAAAAUGAGCAAAAAAAACAAAACAAAACAAAAAAACGGUUCGAUGAAGUACUUUUUCAGUGUGAUGUCUUUAUAUGAAUAUUUAUGAGUCUUUCACAACUUCAUUAGCAACAUUGUAAGAGGCUGUUUCUCAUAAUCCCUAAAAUACAUGGACUGUUGAUUAACAUAAUUAAAAUGUUGUUUAAGUAA